AGGAAGAGUCACACACUCGAGUGCUCAGUUGCGCGGCCAUUCAUGUACAGGUAGACAGGAUACUGAGGUUUGGUGAGAAACUAUACGAGAGAAAGAGAAGAUAAGAGACGGACAGCCACUGGUUGCUCAGAGACACUCAAGCUUUCAAGGAGGGCACUGACAGCCUGCCUUAUGUGUGGCUCCUCUCAAGGCUUCACAGCCUCCUCCUCUCCGUGCACCACAGCCAUGUUAACCUCAGAAAGCUCACCGCAAAGCACAGGACUCGUCGCAGCAGCGAUGCCAGAGACGCAUGACGCAGACAUGACAUCAUGGAGCGAGGCAAACUUUGAGGAGAGGUGCACUUACAUCGUGAAGGACCAACUUCUGGAGGAAGAGUCCGAAAACAGCGGCAAGACACGAGCUGAGAGAUCCUUACCCAGAAACCUUGCCCUGAAACGCUGCCAUGACUCCACAGAGGUGCUCGGGGUGACCAGUAAGGAGCUGAUUCCUAUGGGGACACGUUUCGGCCCUCUGGUGGGGGAAAGCUACACUGACGAAACGCUGCCGAAAGAUGCUGACAGAAAGUACUUCUGGAGGGUCUUCUCGGAGGGGUGUUUGCACCACAUCCUGGAUGGUUUGAACGAGGAGCGCAGCAACUGGAUGCGUUACGUCAACCCAGCUUGCAGUGUGGAUGAGCAGAACCUGGUGGCGUGCCAGAGUGGUUUGGAUAUCUACUUCUACACCAUCAAACCUCUUCAGCCGGGGCAGGAGCUCCUGGUGUGGUACUGCCCCGAAUUAGCCCAGCGCUGUAAUUACCCUCCACUGGGCCAACUGGCAAUCGACAGUAAUGAGCACAGUCAAGCUCAGGAGAAGACAACAGCGAAACGAGGACACAGCGUCUCUGAAAUCCUCCAAGACGAGCCCACCAAAUCCCACACUGCCUGCGCCAGACGCCUGGACGGUCCCUUGUCUCAGACCAACCUCCCAACAGUUUUUCCCCUGUGUCCCCGUGUUGUCUACCCAAUCCAGCCCCACCCAGAAUCUAUCCACGGCCACAGAUAUGCAACUCUACCACCUCUGCCAUCAUGUAGCCCUCCAGCUGCAAAAAGGCCAGCUCUAAGCGUCCCCCUCCCCUCCAGUUUGCACUUCCCCUUGCAGCACAGUCAAAGCCCUGUUAUAGCCAAACCUUACCAAGAGCCCUCUGUGCUGGAUCGAGUUCAUCCUGCUCUGAGGCACGCGCCCUAUCUACUGCCUCACUACUCACUCGGCCUUAACAGCAUCCUACCUCAUUCAUACCCGUUUUACAGUGAUCGACUGAAACCUCACUUAACAUCUCACUUACUGCCUUUUGACGGCUACGCGCACUUCCUUCACCCUCUAGCCAGCGGACACAAAGACUUGACACUUGCACUAUCCAACGCCAAACAAGACCUCAUUCUUUCACCUGAGCACAGAGACAACAAGGACCUCAUAUCUAAAAGGAAAAACUACCUCAAGAUCCCCUCAGAUGACCUCAGAGAUUUCAAACACUCUCCUCCCAGCAAUGUCCACACAGACCUCACUCUACCUGCCACAUCCGGCGCUUCAUCCAUGGUCACCUCACUCCGCAGAGCACUGCCCUCUCUUGCACCUGGAGGAUGCUCACCACCUGUGGGCAUGGCUGCUUUUUCAGACUGCCUCCCCUCCAAACCCACCUCUGACACUCUGAGUGACACUGAGAAUGCAGUGGACCUCAGGAAGACCAAGCGAGGUGGACAGAUUAUUGGCUACAAGACCCUGUCUUACCCCCUCACCAGGCAGAAUGGAAAGAUCCGGUAUGAGUGCAACAUCUGUGGAAAGGUCUUUGGGCAGCUGUCCAACCUAAAGGUCCAUCUGCGAGUCCACAGCGGAGAGCGUCCCUUCAGGUGUCAGACCUGCAAUAAGAACUUCACUCAGCUGGCUCACCUGCAGAAACACUACCUGGUUCACACUGGGGAGAAGCCUCAUGAAUGCAAGGUGUGCUAUAAGCGAUUCAGUAGCACUAGUAACCUAAAGACCCACCAGCGGCUACACUCGGGCGAGAGGCCUUACCAGUGCAAGCUCUGUCCAGCCCGCUUCACUCAAUUCGUCCACCUCAAGCUCCACAAACGGCUUCACACUGGAGAACGACCUCACAGGUGUCCCUGCUGCCCCUGUGCCUAUCUCCACUACUGCAGCCUCCAGGUGCACCUCCAAGGCUUCUGCCCCCUCUCCCCCUCAGCCUCCCACAGACACUCACCGGAGGAGCUACACCGAGUUAACACAGAGAUUGAGAGGUUUGACAUGAGCGAGGCAGCGGAGCAGCUCGAGGCCAUGGCCGCUGAGGCCGAGAUGGACAAGGGGAAUGUUGUUGACCUGAUAAAGAAGAUGGAGACUCAUACCUCUGGCCACCUCGAUGGCAAAAAAGGGGAGACUGAGCUGAGCAUCUACAACUCAGCAAAGGAGUGCUCUGCUGUUAAGCUGCAUCACGGCAGCCCUCUACCUCGGCAUUCAACCAGCAUCAAGCUGGAGUCAGGCUGCAUAUCAGAGCCCUAAGACUGCCUUGCUAAUCCAGCCAUAUAAUCCUUACAGGUCAGCUCAGCAGCUGUCUGUUACUACCCUAUUUGAAGUAAAGCCUUAUCUCAAUCAUGGAUUGCCUACUCUACACAGGCUGUAGCGUGUGAAGAAUCAAGACUUUACCAGCAUGGCCUGGGACUAGUGACUCCUUUGAUUUAAUGUAUACUUCUUUGUUAAUUUAUUCUGUUGCUAACAUUAAUCUUAAAUGUAUAAAACAGAGAUUUGUUACAUUUUCUGCUCUUGUAUCCCUGGAACAUCUUCAUGGAACAACAACUAAAUGUGAUUUUGCAUAAACAAA